UGGAUCCUUGCGCCUGAUAAAUUCUCCACAAAGUACAAAAAUGUAUUUCUAACAUGUACUUUUUCUCAAUGCCUCACUGAUCCACAUCAGGUCUACGUGGUGGGAGGUUUCGAGGGUCGCCGAUACCACGACUCGGCUGAGUUUUAUGAGCCAGAUUCGAAUCAGUGGACUAUGAUCAGCCGAAUGCACUCACCCCGGGGCGGAGUCUCCUUGGCCCAACACGGCGGAUAUUUGUUCGCAAUAGGUGGCAACGAUGGGAAUAGUCGACUGCGCUCCAUAGAGCGAUACGACAAUUCACUCAGCAGGUAA